CACGACUUCUUCAAGCAGCAGCCGGACGACAAGUCGUACGAGCUGGCGCAGAAAUGCAGGGUCAUAGGCUAUGCGAGGGUGGCGCAGGACCUUAGCCAGUUCAAGAUGUGCAUCAAGAAUGGCUACCCCUUCGUGUUCGGCUUUGCAGUUCUGUCGAGCUUCCAGACCAUGGAGGUUGCCAGGACCGGCAAGAUGGUGAUGCCCCAGCCGACUGACCAGCAGCUGGGUGGCCAUGCCGUGUGCGCCGUGGGCUAUGACGACUUCCAGCAGUGCUUCAUCAUUCGCAAUUCUUGGGGCGAGGGGUGGGGUGACAAGGGUUACUUCUACAUGCCCUACGAGUACAUUUGCCACCCUGCUCUUGCGCAUGACUUCUGGGCCAUCAAUUGGGUGGAGGGCUUCAAGAACACCACCACCAAGCCCCCCGCAAAGAAGUGA